UUUUGCGGGGAAAUAAAAGUUCUGGCGAAGAUGUAUCUUUUAAACUAUUCUUCAUAUCUAAACUUUAAACGUUUCAAGAGCACUUCUUUGUUGUACUUAGACUACAAAUAUGAAAUUGGGACUGAUAUAGAGUGUGCGAGAGGCGUGUAUCGAAAGUCUUCUGUCCUAUCAGUCGCGAUGAGCGAUAAGCUCUUCCCCUUUGCUGUCACUAAAAAAGGAGAAUGGCUGCUAAAAACCUGAACGUUGUUUUGAAGCAGAAAGGCCAGCUAGUUUUGGAGGACCGUCCUAUUCCGACACCAGGUCCCGAUGAGGUCCUGGUUCGGAUCCAUUCCGUGGGCAUCUGUGGGUCUGAUGUGCACUUCUGGAAGAAUGGAAGAGUGGCGCACUUUGUGGUGGAGAACAUCGUUCUGGGGCACGAAGCCAGUGGCACUGUGGUGGGGGUGGGCUCUCGAGUCCACACUCUGAAGACAGGUGACCGAGUGUGCUUGGAACCUGGGGGUGCUUGCCACCUGUGCGAGUUUUGCAAAGGGGGCCACUACAACCUGUGUCCCCAGGGGGCCCAACAGGUGGAUGGCUCCAUGUGCCAUUAUUACGUGCAUCCUGCCAGUUUGUGCUUCAAGUUGCCAGACAACGUGACCUUGGAACAGGGGGCGCUGGUGGAGCCCCUGGCUGUCGCUGUGCACACCUGUAGGCGUGCUUCUGUCUCUCCUGGAAAAACCAUUCUCAUCACCGGCUCUGGUGCCAUUGGUUUGUGCAAUCUUUUAAUUGCCAGAGCAUUUGGAGCCACAAAAAUCAUUAUGACUGACAUCUGCCCUGGUCGUCUGGAGUUGGCUAAGAAGCUGGGGGCCACUCAUCAGGUGUGCGUGAGAGACAAAAGCGAAGAACUGGUCUCGGAGGAGAUCAAGUGUCUGUUGGGGGGUUGCCCAGACAUCACUCUCGAGUGUUCCGGAGCCCAGAGCUGCAUCCAGUUGUCCCUGAAGGUGACAAAGUCCGGAGGGACCGUGGUCCUGGUGGGCCUGGGGUCCCCCGAAGUGACCUUGCCAAUGCCAGAGGUCGUCAACCGAGAGCUGGAAGUGAGGGGCGUGUUUCGCUACACCGACUGUUACCCCACGGUCCUGGGGCUCCUGUCCUGCGGGGCCCUGGACGUGGGGCCCCUCAUGACUCAUCGCUUCGGGAUCCAGGAUGCGGAGGAGGCCUUCAGGGUCUCCCAAGGGGGGCUGGAGGGGGCAGUCAAGGUGCUGGUUGGCUGCGAGUAGAGAGGUUUCACCUUGUCCUUUUGCCCUCCAAAUCUCCGUUAUUACAAUCAUGUACCGAAUUAAA